AUGGCCUCUGCAUGGAUUGCCAAUUUUGUUAAAGACAAUCUGCAUAUCAAAGGUAUAGACUCUGCUCAGGGUUUGACUUCCCGGGUUGAUAAACCCGUUCAAUUUAACAGCCCUAUAAUUCAGCUUUUGCGGGACGCUGGAGCCAUGGUUUAUGUGAAGACUAGCGUUCCGCCUAGAAUGAAACGGGCAGAGACAUACAGCAUCAUGCUUGGUGAAACCCUCGACCCCAAAAAUCACUAUGGUCUCCCCAAUGGGAACUAA